AUGAGUUUAAAACCUUUCACCUACCCAUUUCCAGAGACAAGGUUUCUUCAUGUGGGACCCUAUGUGUAUAAAUUCAAAAUUAGAUACGGCAACAGCAUCAGAGGGGAAGAGGUAGAAAAAAAAGAAGUCAUCAUCCAGGAGCUGGAGGAUUCUAUUCGUGCGGUCUUGGGCAACCUGGAUAACCUGCAGCCAUUCACUACAGAACACUUCAUUGUAUUUCCCUCACAUUUCCCAGAUAAAAGCAAAUGGGAGAGAGUGUCCCACCUGAAAUUCAAACACAGAGAAACUGUCUUGGUCCCUUAUCCAUUUGUUUUCACUCUGUACGUGGAGAUGAAAUGGUUUCGUGAAAACUUGUCACCUGGAAAACUAGUAAACAGUCCUCAUGGAUUGGUCCUGGCAGAGAGGAAAGCAGCAAGAGCCAUGAUGAGGAAACAAAAAUGCGCAGAAGUGCCCAGCUCCCCCAGCUCCCCAACCAGGCCAGGGCUGGACAGGGCCAAGAUGGGGACUUCCAGCCAAGGGCUCAGCAACAAGAAGCCCCCUGUGGAAACCAGGAGGAACAGAGGAAGAAAAACCCAGCAGGAGACCCCAGCAUUUGAUAUCACUGAAGUCCGGGACCAGGAUUUUAAGUCGGGGGACAGCCUAGCAGAGAAGAUGAUCCCACCAUUGCAGCAAAACAAUCCACCUCCACCUGAAGGACCCACAGAGCUGGGAACCAGUGGCUUCUUUGGGUUUCUAAGCUCUCUCUUCCCAUUUCGGUAUUUCUUCAGAAAGAGCAGCCAGUGAGCCUCCUAAAUGCAGCGGUGGGAAGAGCAUUGUCUCGCGCAGUGACUCCUCCCACUCCACCCUCUGCUCAUGACGUUCCAGUCACGGGGAGUGAGAGCCCCAAACUCCCUGAGUCCUCUUGUGGGUUUGUCCUGUCAUUUGCCUCUUUACAGUGGAAUGUCUUUCCCCAGUUUAAAACGCUAAGAAUGUAACUUUCUAAAAUGCUCUAGUCUGAGAAUUUUACUGCUU